AUGGCAGAGCCCCAGGACACUCCACAAGCUGUGGAACACAGCAGCAGUGCUCCAUUGCUGCCUCACUUGCAACAACAACAACAACUUCAGCAGGAAACCUCUAAAGUUGACUAUGAACAGGAAGCGAAGAAGUUGGAAGAUAAAGCGGUGAGAUUCUUGGCAAAACAGGCCCAUCCAGUGAUUGUGCCCUCGUUUUCCACAUGGUUUGAGUUUAACGAGGUUCAUGAGAUCGAACGCAGGAUGCUGCCGGACUUUUUCGACGAUUCGACUCGGUUCAAAACCGAAAAGGCUUAUUGCGAUGUCCGUAACUUUAUGAUUAAUACCUACAGACUGUCCCCUUACGAAUAUCUCACUGUCACCGCGGUGCGGCGUAAUGUGGCGAUGGACGUGGCGUCAAUUAUAAGAAUUCACUCGUUUCUGGAACAGUGGGGUUUAAUCAACUACCAGAUCGACCCCAGAUCGAAGCCGUCACUUCUGGGACCCAGCUUCACGGGUCAUUUCCAAAUUGUGCUCGACACACCACAGGGCUUGAAACCGUUUGUUCCAAGCAAAGUGGUUAGAAGCAAUGAAGCCGCACAGGAGACAGCUAAUGUCAACACAACAGAGGCUCACAGCGAUCCAACGGUAAAGACAGAUACUGGCGUACCGGCUGAACAAUCUGGAGAGCAGGAAACGGAAGCUACAGCAACCCCAGACAUGCCUGCUUCGGUUGACGGGGCGGAUUCCACAGUCAAGGAAGAAGUUAAACAGGAGGUAGAGUUUGCUCAGCCUGAGAAAUUUCCCAUCAACUUAGCUUUGCGCAAAAACAUAUACUCGAAUGCACAAAACUUCAACGCACUUCAAAACGAUUCACAGCAAUCCAGACAAAUCAGCAGAACAUACAUCUGCCAUACUUGCAGCAACGACUGCGUUGGCAUACGCUACCAUAAUCUGAGAUCCAGAGACACUAACAUUUGCUCCAGAUGCUUUCAAGAAGGUCAUUUCAGCGCUCACUUUUCGUCGUCAGACUUCUUACGUCUUGAAAAUGAAUCACAGGCGAAGAAACAGUGGUCCGACCAAGAAGUUUUACUGCUUCUCGAGGGAAUUGAGAUGUACGAAGAUCAAUGGGAUAAAAUUGUGGAUCAUGUUGGGGGUUCGAAGACCACCGAGGCUUGCGUCGAAAAAUUCCUCACACUCCCGAUCGAAGAUAAGUAUAUCAACGAAAUUUCUAUUGCUCCUAAAUCACGGAAUCCAGAGAAGAUUUCGCCAGAAGUGACGGGAACGGUCGACGCGGCCGUUAGAGCUCUUCUAAAGGGUCUAGACGACAAGGUGCUCAAUGGAACGAUUUCUCAAUCAGGGCACCAAAUCUCAGAAAAAUAUUUGCGUGAAGCGCAACUGGUGGUCCAAGAUCUGGUAAAGCUUAAUCUGGAAAAAGUGGACCUCAAAUUCCAGAAACUCGACCUAAUUGAAAAGACGCUGCACAAGGAAAAGCAGCGGUUCAUCCAAGAGUCCGAGAAGCUGCUGAGCGAGCGCCAGUCAUUAAGCAAACAAGUCACUGAGCUGAAUGAGGAACUAGGCAGAUUGAACGUUUCGAAAAAAGUGGUAUUGCUGUCGGAGCAAGCAGAUUCUGGUGUCAAGCUUGUUGAAAAAGAUGAAGAAACUCAAAACCAAAACAGGCUAGUGAAGGGAGUAGAGGAUGCUCACAGUGUGUCCCAUGUAGAACCUCAGCAGUAUAAGGCCUGGUCGCUGUCAUGA